AUGGAGCUCGACCUCGACAGGGCCGCCCGCCGCUUCGCCAAGGACACCUCCGCGCGCGCCAAGGAGGCGGCUUCCAAGCGCGAGAAGCUGCGCGCCGAGCGCGAGGCCACCCGAGCGAUUGCGGCGAGGCGCGAGGCAGCCAAGGCGGCAGAGGAGGCUGCCGCUGCAGCCGCAGCCGCGGUGGAGGCGGAGCAUCGAGCGGCGGAUCUGGAACGAAAUCGCGGCGUGUACUACAGCGAGCAGCUGCGGCCGAUCCUGUCGCGCGCAGCCGAGGAGCGCGGCAUCGUCAGGAGGUGCGACAAGGCGCAGCUGCCUCCGUCUGCGGCGGCCUCUCUGUCUGACGCAUCGCACAACGGGGUCGCAGCCUUUGAGAUCUCGGUGCCGGCGACGGGAGCCGCGACCCACGCCACCCUCCUCGACUUUGGCGCCCCCGAGGGUGCGAUCGGCCUCCCGGAGCCGCUGCUGCGCGGGAGCUUUGCGCGGUUCCAGCCUGUGGAGCAGCGGUUCCGGCUCGAGGUGGAGGACGUCAAGGCGCUGCUCGAGUCGGAGCUGAUGCGGCGCACCACCCUCUCCGUCGGAGACACGAUCCUCCCGGAGCCCGCCGUCUCGCUCAUCGACACGGACCUCGAGGCCGACACAUCCCUCCUCCCCCUCCUCUCGGCGGGCGGAGUCUUGCUCUCGAUCCGUUGCCCCGACGGGUCCCGGUGCGUCCGCCGCCUCGAGCCCGACGCGCCGCUCGAGGCCGCGUUCCUCCUCGCAGAGGCGGGCUGGGUCGAGCAGCCCGGCACGGCGCCGCUGCCGCCCGCCUUCAAGCUCGCGGCGCAGUUCCCGCGCCGCGUCUUUGCCCGCGACGGCGCGGCGGCGGUCUCGCUCGCCGCCGCCGGGCUCGGCGGAGCGCAGGAGGCGCUGCUCAUCGAGCUUCCGAGCGAGUAG